CCCUGAAUUAACCGAGAGGGUACCCCGAAAAGUACUGUGUGGCGGUGUGGUUUUCCUCUCGUGGUCUAGUGAUCGUGAGCUAUUAAUUCUUAAUGAUGGAAUUAUAGAAUUAAUAUUAUCACCUGGAACAAUAUAUUUCCGUCAGUAGUAAUGAAAGUUUAGGUGAUUAACUGAUAACCAGUGAAAUACAAAAGAAUUUUGAAUAACUUUUACUCAAUUUUUCGUAAAAUUAAGGGUUCGUUUUUUACCCAAAUGUAUUCAAUCUCGAUGCUAAUAAAGUUCAAGGGUCAACUUGUGGAAAUUUUGAUGUUAAACCGGUAUCUGAGUGGAGUGGACGUUACGAAUCUACUAUGAUAACCCUAUUUACGUGGUUUAAUCACUGAACAUAUUUUAAUGUCACCUAUGCGGAAAUCGGCUUUAACAUGGACAUCAAAAGCACACUCGAUUAUGAAUUCAUCAAUCUGGAUAAUCUCGAUGAUAAUGUCAAGCGUGAAAUUCGCACCAUCUUGAAGACCAAGAUUGCCUCGGAUGUUCUCAAAUUACCCUGGGACAAUGGCGAGAAAGAUUAUAACUCAAAUUCAGUUGUCCCGGAGAUGCAGCCGGAGGUUCUUAACCACUGGCAGCGUUAUGACGAAUCGAUUCCCAGUUACGACGUCUCAACGCCACCCUCGAUGCUGGCAUCCCCGAUGUCAACUCUGGCCUAUCCCACCCCGCCCCUGAUGCAGGUCCCUUUUCAAGACUGGCAGAUGACCACUGCCUAUCCAACAACGACGUCCGACCCCACGACCUACACCUACGUCUCGUCAGUCCACUAUCCCACACCAAUAUACAAUCCCGCCCCCAACGAGGUCCUCACAACCCAAUCCCCAAGCCGUGAGACUCGUCACUCAGGUCGAUCGCGUAAUCGCAAAAACGACAACUACAAUCGUUCAGUGACUAAUGACAUGCAGCAAUCCUACAUGAUACAACCUGGCCAAUUUAAUCCAAUACCAGCAAUGUGUCAUCCAGGGGUACAGUAUCUACCUUACGUAUCCACCCAACAGCAUCCAGCCGCUGGUCGGCCGAUAUUCAUGCCACCCCAGUACUCUCAAAUCCAUCACAACAGUCAUCAGUAUCAUCAGCAUCCUUCGAACUAUCAUCAGCCCUCACCAACGAUCAAACAUCAACGACAAAAUGCACAAAAUUACAAUCCAAUGUACAAUCAGGAAAAAAUGGCCAAUCAGGGACUGAAAAAUGAUAAAAAAAAUUCUGAUAAUCAACGUAACACUGCCAGCCAGCCAUUCCGUCAGCUGUUGAAUCAUAAAAAUAAUAAUAAUCAUAACAAUAAUGCUAAUAAUAAGGUAGAGAGAGAUAGUGGUGAAGUGGUAAAGGAGAUACCGAAGAGGGUUGAGGAUAUUCAGGAGAGUAUCAGUACUAGUAAUGGCAUUGUCAAUGGAGAAAAGUACGAAGGGGGAGAGGUGGGAAAUGAGGUGGCAGCUGAAGUGAUACUGGAGGUUGCGAAAGCUAGUGAGGAGUCCACCAAGAAAGAGGAAACAGUCGUCAAUGAUAUUGAGGAGGGGAUGGAAGAGAUCAAGACUAAUGGAGAACAGAAGGGGGAGGAAAAGGAUCUACCGGUUAUGGAAGAGGUGAAGGAGUUGGAGAGGGUUCCGGUGGCACCUGCAGCCAAGACCUUCGCGAGCAUUGUCAAGAGUACAGAGGGAAAAAAUCCUCCGGGAUUUGUCCAGAGUCCAGGAGUUAAACUUCCAUCAGCUGUUCGAGCUAAUGUUGAUUGUGUAAAUAAUGGGAUUGAAAAGGGUGAGGUGAAGGGGGAGGAGGUUAAAAGACAGAGUGAGGAGACAAUGGGGGCGGUUGCAGAAAGUACUUUCGGGGAGACGAAGGCACUUCCUGUUGAUCAUGUACAGACACCGUUGAAUCAUCCUCUUAUGUACAGAAUGGGGGAAUUUUUACUGCGUUACCAAAUGGAUAAGCAGACUGUAAGUUUACUGCCUCGUGGCUUGACGAAUCGCAGCAAUUAUUGCUAUAUAAAUAGUAUAUUACAAGCACUACUCGCCUGUCCGCCUUUUUACAAUCUCCUGAGAGCCCUUCCGCGCUCCAGGUAUCCGUUGAAAAACUCAUCGACUCCACUGAUUGACAACAUGGUAAAAUUUGUUAAUGAAUUCCUGCCCCUACCCGAGGGUGAACGCUUGCCGAGAAACAGCAGAGGUCAGAAGAAGAAUGACGACAGUCUCGACAUCAAAGGCGGUACUGCCUUCGAGCCGUCCUAUGUUUACACUAUGUUAAAGAAUACAUCAUCCCCUGGAGUUUUCUCCAUCGAGGGAAGACAGGAGGACGCCGAAGAGUUCCUUUCCUGUCUACUCAAUGGCAUCAGUGACGAAAUGCUCGAGUUGAUGAAGCAAGUAAGUGAGGAUUCCCAGAGCGUUAAACCAACCGAGGAGUUGAAUGCUAAUUACAAUAGUGGAGAUGAGGAGUGGAAAGUGAUGGGUCCAAAGAAUAAAGGUUCAAUAACCCGUUGUAUUGAGUUUGGACGCACCCCAUUAUCCGAUAUCUUCCGUGGUCAACUGAGAUCCAGAAUUCUACGUCAGGGUGAUCAAAGUACUGACAACGUACAACCAUUUUUUACUCUUCAAUUAGAUAUAGAGAAAGCAGAAUCAGUGAAAGCUGCCCUAGAAAUUUUGGUGGGUAGGGACCUAGUGGAAGGUAUGACCUGCAGCAAGACAAAGCAGCAGAUUCAGGCGUGGAAACAAGUUACUCUCGAAGAGCUUCCAGUUGUUCUUAUCCUCCAUUUAAAGUGGUUCGAUUAUAAACUCGAUGGCUGUUCGAAAAUAUUCAAAAAUGUUGCCUACGACAUUGAUCUCAAAAUCGAUGCCAAACUCUUGUCGCUGAAUACACAAAAAAAAUUGUCAGUGAAGCAGAAACAAUAUAAAUUGUUUGCUGUCACGUAUCACGAUGGCAAAGAGGCAACGAAGGGACACUACGUAACAGAUGCAUUUCACGUUGGUUUUGGUGCAUGGGUCCGUUACGACGACAGUUCAGUCAAAGGAAUAUCUGAGAAUGACGUAUUGAAUCCAUCCCCACCCCGCGUACCCUACUUACUUUAUUAUAGGAGGUGUGACACGAUCGGAAAUCAACCAAAUACUACUAGAACACGUUGAGCUUAGCCGAUAGUGAAGAAUGAAAAUAAUGAAGGAAAAUUGAAGAGAAUAUCGAAAGCACUGUAGGUAAACAAUAAGUUUGUUUUUUAUAAGAAAAAUAAAGAUAAAUAAAUUAUCAAUAAUUAUGGGAAAUGAAAGAAGAAAAAAAAAACAAUUCGAUAAAUUUCUAGAUUUUCAAGGUAAUAUAAAUAAACUCUCAUGUUUCAUACUCGAAAUGAAAGAUUGAUCGAAUUAAUUAUUGAAACUUCGAUUAUCAGAGGAAUUAAUGGAAUAGACGCAGAGGAUAAUGAAAUUUUUAAUAAUUAUUAAUAUCGUUAUAUUCUUUGAACCUCCGAGUCAUCAUAUUUUUGUUAAUUAGGCGUGUAAUAUCAAUUGUUACAAGUGCUAUGUGCCUCAUUUUUUAGUAUAUUGAAGAUUAAUAAUAAAGAUAGCAUUACUAUUUCUCAUGGAUAAUUAAUUUUUCUUCGAUCAAGUGAUUUAUUAAAAUAUUUUCAGCUCAAUAAAAACUGUUACGAAAAA